AUGUCUCAACCUCCAGUUCAACCACCACCACCAGGACCAUUACCACCGGCAGGCUUUGUUAGGCCACCUCCCAACUUUCCUCCAGGUGCACCCGGAUUUCCCAAUGCUCCACCUCCAGGUUCAUUUCCUGGACCAGCUGUACCCGCUCCUUCACCAGCGCCAUUUGCCAACGCGGUACCACCUGCACCUCAGCCAAAGACUCAAAACGGCAUCCCUAUUGACAAACAGCCUUUAAAUACAACACCUAAUCGUACAGUUUAUGUUAGUAAUUUGAACGAGAAAGUGAAGUUGGAUGUCUUGAAGAAUUCUCUACGCACGUUGUUUAAGCAGUUUGGAGAAGUGUUGGAUGUCGUGGCUCACAGAAAUAUUCGUAUGCGUGGACAAGCUUUCAUCGCAUAUCCUGAUGAAGAAUGUGCAGCUAAAGCAAUUAAAGAAUUACAACACUUUGUUCUCUAUGAUAAACCAAUGGUCGUUCAAUAUGCUCGUCAUAAAUCUGAUGUACAUGCAAAAAAAGAUGGUGAUUAUGAGACACAUUAUAAAACAAGACUUGCUAAAAAAGAGGAAUUAUGGAAAUCGCCACUUCCUGGAUCUCAUAAGCCUACGUUCAAGGCUGGUAAAGCAGCCAGCAAAGGUUCAAACUAUAAUCCAACUGCUCAUAUUCCAGACGAAUACUUGCCUCCAAACAACAUUUUGUUCUUGCAGAAUUUACCAGAAACUAUUACUCAACAGCAACUUAUUGACUUGUUCCAACGCUAUCCAGGAUUCAGAGAAGUGCGUAUGAUUCCAGCCAAGAAGUCAAUUGCAUUUGUUGAAUAUGAAAAUGAGAUUCAAUCUGCAGUUGCCAGAGCAGAACUAUCGGGACAUCCUUUGGGCCCGGAGCAAUAUAUGAAGGUGACUUUUGCACGAAAGUAA